UCAUUUCCAAUAUGUCAGGUUGUAGGGACGUUGAGAAACUUAGUUUAAUUUUAAUUAAUUAGGAUAAGAAUAGUAUCUUAAAAACGAUAAACAUGUUGCAUUAAUAAAGCUUGUGUAUUCGUUAGUUCUUUGUUUGAGUUUAAUGGAUGUUGCUGUGUGGAUUGAUCGGUUCACACCACUCGAGAAGGAAACGAUUCAUAAGUUGGUAAUUUGUUUCGGAUUCAGUGUAAAUGAUUGAAGUGACUAAGUUGUUCUUUGAAUUCGUGCUAAGUGUGUCGAAAUAAUAAAUUAUUGUAUUGUAAAUAAAAAAUAUUGUUUGUUCGCGCAUGCGUUUCUGUCGAAAACAGACAAAGGUUUUGUGUGGUUUGAAAAUCAGCUGUAUUCUAUGUGCAAUGACUUAGUAAUACAAAAAGUGUGUGUUUGGAAGCGACAAUGUUCAGUGAAAUUGGAUACAUAGUUUUCUUACUUCUUGCUCUGCCGUAUAUUGAAAGUGCAUCAUACCGUGAGCUAAACGAAUACAUCCGCCACUACGAGCCGCUCGACUAUGACUCGCGAGCGAUACACGAGCAGCACUUGCGCACGCGGCGGUCCACAGACGCGCCAGCUGACCUGCAUCUCCAUUUCCGAGCGCACAGCAGAAGGUUCCACCUACGGUUGCGAAGGGACCUGUCAGCUUUCACAGACGACUUUAAGGUCGAAGGCACACAAGGUCAGCUCCACGAUGUCGAUACGUCACAUCUCUAUCACGGCGAAUUGGCUGACGACCCACAAUCAAAGGUGUUCGGUUCGGUGACGGACGGCGUUUUCGAGGGGAAGAUCAUCGCGCACGACGGCGCGUUCUACGUGGAGCACGCGCGCCGCUACUUCCCGCCCAAUGGCACGCGCACGCGCAUCCACUCUGUCAUCUACCGCGACGGUGACGUCACCGACCCCUACGCGCACCGGAGACAUGGUCACGUAGGCGGUUGUGGUAUCACAGACGAGGUGGUGCAGUGGAUGGAGCGUAUCCAGAACUCGGGCGUGGAUGAGGAGCCCCCCACCACACCCGCGUCGCCCCCUCUGCCGUCCGCGCCGCACGCGCAUCAUUCGCCGCCGCCGCACCCGAAUAGCUUGAGGGAAGAUCCGCCUAGGCACUGGGAUUUCCACAACAAGUACACGCGUGCGGCGAACACGGGCGAGCAUUCGCGCGCUCGCCGCGCAACGGCCACACUGGACAACCGCAACACGUGUUCGCUGUACAUACAAACAGACCCGCUCAUUUGGCGGCACGUUAGAGAGGGCUUUCCCGACCACCGGGACCCGUCAAAAAAGAGCGAAGUAGACAUGAAGACUCGCGAAGAGAUCCUGUCCCUCAUCUCGCAUCACGUGACAGCUGUGAACUACAUAUACCGGGAUACCAAGUUUGACGGCCGCAUGGAGCACAGGAACAUUAAGUUUGAGGUCCAGAGGAUCAAGAUCGACGAUGACUCAAUGUGCAACUCAGUUCACUUCGCGACUGAGACCAACCAGUUCUGUCUCGAGAACAUCGAUGUGUCGAACUUCCUGAAUCUCCACUCGCUGGGAAACCACGAGGACUUUUGCCUCGCUUACGUGUUCACGUACAGAGACUUCACUGGAGGGACUCUUGGCUUAGCAUGGGUGGCCAGUGCGAGCGGUGCUUCAGGCGGCAUUUGCGAGAAAUACAAAACUUACACUGAGACAAUUGGCGGCAUGUACCAGAGUACCAAGCGGUCUCUGAAUACGGGCAUCAUAACGUUUGUGAACUACAACAGCCGUGUGCCGCCUAAAGUGAGCCAGCUGACGUUGGCUCACGAGAUUGGACACAACUUUGGAUCACCGCACGACUACCCAUCUGAGUGCCGGCCGGGCGGCGCGGCGGGCAACUACAUAAUGUUCGCGUCGGCGACGUCCGGCGACCGGCCCAACAACAGCCGCUUCUCGUCCUGCUCUGUCGGCAACAUCAGCGCCGUGCUGGACGCCGUGCGCGACGGCCGCAAGAGGAACUGCCUGACGGCAAGCGCGGGCGCAUUCUGCGGCAACAAAAUCGUGGAGGUCGGCGAGGAGUGCGACUGCGGAUACGACGAGCUGGAGUGCAAGGACCACUGCUGCUACCCGCGCCAGCUCAGCUCCUUCGACAAGGAGAAGAACAUCACUGCCAAAGGCUGCACGAGGAAGGCUAACACUCAGUGCAGUCCAUCACAAGGCCCGUGCUGCCAGUCGCAGACGUGCCAGUUCACGCACGCGCGUGCGAAUGUCACGUGCCGGGAAGCCACCGAGUGUAGUCACGCGGCAUUCUGCUCCGGCGCCUCCGCCGAGUGUCCUGAGCCGCGAGCAAUGCCGAACCACACUAAGUGUAAUAAUGGCACGCAACUCUGCAUAAACGGCGAGUGCAGUGGCUCCAUCUGCUUGGCAUGGAACAUGAAGGAAUGCUUCCUAUCGUCAUCACCAACACGUGCGGGUGACGGCGUCACACAAUCCGUAGUUGACCGGCGAGCGCUAUGUCAACUUGCGUGUCAGACCGGGCCUGGACCGGACUCGUGUCGGAGUACCGCGGACUUCGCGCAUAGAGUGGGGCUUCCCGCGGGCGGGAUCAGCCUGCGGCCCGGGUCGCCGUGUGAUAACUUCCAGGGCUACUGCGACGUGUUCCUCAAAUGCCGCGCGGUGGACGCGGAAGGCCCUCUGGCCCGCCUCAAGAACCUGCUCCUCAACCGCGCCACGCUGCAGACGGUGCAGGCGUGGGUCACGGAGCAGUGGUGGUGCGUGCUGCUGGGCGGCGUGGCGCUGGUGGUGUGCUGCGGCGCCUUCGUCAAGUGCUGCGCCGUGCACACGCCCUCGUCCAACCCCAAGCGGCCGCCGGCCAGACGGCUAUCCGAAACUCUCCGAAGGCCGAUGAACACACUCCGAAGGAUGCGGCAUCCCACCGGUCACGCGCAGAGGGACGCACGAGCGGCGCCGCGGCCCGGCCACCGCCGCGCGCGUCCGCACAAAGGAUACGCCGCGCCGCUUGCGUAUGCGCAUAGGGACGCGCCCGCGUCAGCCCCGCCCGGGCCGAGCGGGCGGUCACGAGGUGAACCAUACGCGAACGCAUAUCCACAGUCGUACGAGAUGCGACCUGCGCAGAAGGUCUGACAGUACGAGUACUGCGCGGGCGGCUCGCUGGAGCUGGUCGCGUUGGCGCCGGGCGUGCCGCUGCUAUUGGGAUACGUGCGCCCGCGCGCCUCCGUCGCCUCACAGACCACGCUCACGCUGCACGCGCGCCGGGACAGCUCCUAGCCGUGAGCAGCGCAAUACAAUUGUUUUAACGCCUCUGGAACCCAUCGCAGUGGUAAACACAAAAACAGUGAUCAAAUAGUAUCGUCCCUGAUUUUGAAAGACUAAAGGAUCGGCUAGCUCAAGGUUGAUCACUUCGAUGAUACAGCCACAAUCAGCGUCGUACAUUUCCUGCGUGUGCGCCCGCGCGCCUCCGUCGCCUCACAGACCACGCUCACGCUGCACGCGCGCCGAGACAGCUCCUAGCCGUGAGCCAGCGCAAUGCAAUUGUUUUAACGCCCGUGACGCGCCGCCACACCUCUGGAUCCAUCGACAGUCGAAACAGUGAUCACUUUUAGUAUUGUCCCUGAUUUUGAAAGGCUAAAGACGCGACCAACUCAAGGAUAAUUACUUCGGCGCCGGGCGUGCCGUUGCUAUUGGGAUACGUGCGCCCGCGCGCCUCCGUCGCCUCACAGACCACGCUCACGCUGCACGCGCGCCGCGACAGCUCCUAGCCGUGAGCAGCGCAAUACAAUUGUUUUAACGCCUCUGGAGCCCAACAACUGGUGAACAGUGAUCACUUUUAGUAUCGUCCGAGUAAGACUAAAGAAUCGGUUAGCUCAAGGUUAAUCACUUCGACGAUACAGCCACAAUCAGCGUCUCACAUUUCCUGCAUAUGACAUAGGCGACUCCGCAAGGAAUUCGCGCGCCCGCGCUCUUAUAUCGGUCAGCACACCACGCCACGCUGCGACUAGUGCUUGUAGCCGCCCGCCGUAAGCAGUGCGGUGCAAUUGUUUUUUUAACGCGUCACAUCUCUGCAACCCAUCGGCAGUCAGUGACUGCUCUACCUGACCAGUGAAGAGUGAUCACUUUUAGUAUCCUCCCUGAUGUUGAAAGACUAAUGUAUCGGCUAGCUCAAGGUGUAGGUUCCAGCAUGUGACUGUGAAUAAGCAUUAUCAAGCUCGUGUCGUUAUCGCGUAUUAGAGCUCUAAAAACCUUCAAGAAACUUACAGGAACUAUUAAGACUCCCUUUCUAUGACGUAUUAUUACCCAUAGCGUGACAGUGAUCGGCUUCAUCAUGCUAGUCUUCUCGUAACGUACUAUACCUACUUUAUGUUUUAAUAUAACGUCAACUGUGCCUCCCCUAUAAAGCCUACAAAGACGAUCCAUAACGGAUAUACACAAUGCUCUGACGUCAGCAUACUCGUAUAUGAUCACAGAGUAGACUGACAAUAUAUCAAAAGGAGAAACUGACGACGCGAUUGUCGAAUACCUUGAUCAAAUGGUUGAUCAAUGGUUGACAUAUCACAAUACAAUUCCAUACAGCUACGUGUUUGAUAGCUAAUUACAUUAUUGGUGCGAUCGAUAUAGCAGGUUUAUAUUACAUACCAUGGAUAUUGUAGAAAUAGGACCAGAGUUUCAAUAUUGUUUUGUCUGUAUUUGUAUAAUUGAUGUCUUUCGACACAUAGGUAGUUGUGUCAUCAAAUUAUACGGCUCAUGCUUAACCGGUUUUCGAUGUCGUACCUAGACGCACAAGUGAUAAUAGAAUUCGGUCGAUUCCAUACUAGAUUCAAGAUCUUUCAUGAAAGUAUUUUUUUAAUAAUAGGAAAUUGGAGAUAACGAUACGGAAAAUAAAACAUAGUAUGUUGAAAAUAAUACUUGAAAUAAAUUCGACGUUAUGUCGACGAUUACUAACCCUUAGGGGUGGGCCGGCACUGCCAAGAAGUAUUAUAAUAGUAUUAGAUUUACUAAAAUCAAUGACUAAUUAAAAUAGCUGAAAUGUACCAUAGCAAUUUAUAUUGGGAAUUGUUAUUUUAUUUAAGUUCUCGAAUAAUCCACGACUCGAUAAAGCUACUUUCGAGCCUAGGUUCUCAUGUACAUGUAAAGACUUCUCUUCAAUGAUGUCCGUAUUUUAGUAGUUCCAUCUAUUACGUACAUUUCUCUCAAGUGUAAGCGACAUACAGAUGGAUAUUUAAAAUACUGACAUCGUUUGGAAGAGAGAAGCGCCCUGCGACGUCGGUUUUUAUUAUUUCGAUGGGUUCAGGGUGUCUCCUGACUAGCGCAUACUACGUAAAGAUGUAGACGACUCAAGAGAAAUAUAGCAUUUACUCGGAUAGACGGGCAAGCAUUCCAUAAUCAAUUAACAUAUUUUCUACAUACAAAUCGUGAUGUCAGUGCUUUUAUGAUUUACCAACGAUGAUGUAAACCAUUACAGACUCAGUCGUUAGUAGUUCUAAAUGCACUUAGCUUUGCUGGUUGUUGCAUACGUAAUUCACGCAACAUGUGUAAUAAUUUCAGCGAAUUCGACGAAUACAGUAAUUACGUUUUUAAGAGAUAAUAAAUUAUUUGCUCAAUCGAAUAAAAAGUAAUAAUCGAUCCGAUACUAAAGUGCCGAGCGCAACGCCCGCUGCCGGCGAGCGAUAUGGUGUUCUAUAAAAUUAAUUAUUUUUAUAUUACGGAAACGGGAAAUACUUUUAGAGACGGCAUGCUGUUCACGCGAACUAGUGAGAAUAACUCAAUAAAUAAAUGUGUUGCUCGUACGACCGGACAUUUAUGUAUAUUUUUGUAUAUAAAUGAAGAGGUAUACAAAGGCUACAAUGUAAAAAUAUCAUACAAAAGUAAUCGUUCUUACCGAUGUUAGAGUACUGUAUAAAUACUGCAUUGUUUUAUUCGAAUCUCUGUAAGUGUAAUAAUUUUUAUAUAAAGUUAUUUUUAAACAUAUUUAAUAUUAACGUAAGUGGAAUGUCGAGGUGCCAUUAUACCAAUUUGUAUUCCUGUUCCUUUGUUUUGUCCUCUUUUCAGUUUGAUAUUAGAAAACGCAUUGUAAUCUUUCCAUAAACUUUGUAUUAGUAAAUGUAUGGGCUCAAAAUACAUUCAUUUAAAAUUACAUUUAGUCUUCCUACGACAGCUAAUGUACUUUUUGAAUUAAUUAAACUUUAUUUAAACGUAUCUUAAGUAUUAUGUAACUAAAUACGAAAUUUUAACAGUAUUGCCAAAUGAUCAAAUGUAAAUUAGACUGAGAAAAAUCUUUCAAUCUUGCUAAUAAUGAAAUUUUGUAAUAUGCAUUUUUUAUUUUGUAGUUGUGUGUAUGAGUUUUGUGCGUAGAGAUGGCUCAAAUACAAAUAUUGUUGUUUAUUUGAAUUUACAAAUAUUUGUUUUGAACACAAAGUUGCAUAUCACAAAACUCCUGUAUUAUGUAUAUCGGACGAAUAUUUUGUUGUACGGUUCUGCUGAAUUGAUCUCUUUGAUAAGUAAUGAUAUUUUUUAUUAUGAAUCAACUACGUAGAGUUACUUUCCGUCGUGCAAGCCAAAGAGCAUGAUGUAUUUUUAUUAUUUCUAUACAUUUAACGUUAAGGGUCGAUCUUAUAAGUAUACCAUAUUAAUGCCAUUUUAUUAGUGAAUGUUGAAACAAUACGCAAAUUCUCGUAACUGUACUAUAAUGUAUAUUUGUAUGUAAACCGAGAGGGUAAUGUUUCCGUUGUAGAGCGACUUGACCAAUCGUGUAAUUGAUGGAUUGCAUUUAUUUCCAUCGUUAGUAGUACUCAAUGGCAUUAUUUCUCCUAAGUGUAAGCUAGAUUACCGUUAUAGAUUAUUUAAAUGACAAUGUGAAUAUUUUUAAUUAACAAGAUGAAUGUUACAACAU